GCCGGACGCUGGCAUGAGCCCGAAGCUGGACCUCCGCGAGCUGCGAUCGCCGCCCCGCCUGCAGCUCGGCCGCUCGCAGCGGUCGCUCUCGACCAGCAACCUCUGGGUCUCGUCGCCGAUCCCAACGACCAGCGACGCGCUCUCGAUGCAGCCGCCGCCGCUCGUGCUCUCGCCGCCGACGCGCCCGGGCUCGUAUACCAUCGAUCGCCGCGUGCUCUUCUGCAUUAGCUGCGUGCUCACGACGUUGUGCUCGGGCGGCCUCAUCCUCGGGUUUGGCCCAUUUUACACGACGCUCGUGGCCGAGCAGCAGUGGCACGAGCUCUGCGACUCGCCAGGCGUGUGCCCCGAGCAAGAGAUUCGCCUCCAGUACACCUACUCGACAAGCUUCCUCCUUUUAAGCGCCGCCAACGUUGUCUUUGGGCUCAGCAUCGACAUCAUCGGCCCACGCGUCUCGGCGCUGCUCGGCCUCUUGCUCGCGAUGCUUGGCAAUGUACUCGUCUCUGUCGGCGACUCGAGCGUUCUCAAUGGCGCCGGCAUCAUCGUUGGGUAUGGCCUCAUUGGCAUGGGCGGCAUGGGCCUCUUCCUCUCGUCGUUUCAAGUAAUCAACCUCUUUGACGCCCAAGGCAUUCCGUGCAGCAUCAUGUCGAGCAUCUUCAACAUCUCUGCUUAUGUCUACAUGCUCCUUAAACUGCCAGGGAUGACGCGCCACCACUUUUUCGAAGGUUACGCGUACGUCCACAACACGCUGUACAACAUGUACAUAAUUGUCAUGUCUAGCAUCCUCGUCGCAAUUUGCUUUUGCGUCUGCUUUCUUAUUUAUCCAGCGAAGAACAUCCACUCGGCCAAAGAACGCGUGCGGGUGCCGGGUGUGAGCUGCUACAUUCCUCGUCCGCGGAAGCCGACGCUACUCUUUGAGGGACUCCAGCGCACGCUUCAAAGCGGGGAUCUCUGGCACUUUGCCUUCUUUUUUGGAUGGCUCUCGCUCGUUUUUUCAUUUACGGGCGGCGCGAUUCCCAGCAUGAUCGCCAAGACGGCCGGGACGGAUGUCGCCAAGGCCGAUGUCUACAUCAACUAUGUCUUCCCGCUUGUCUCCAACAGCACGUUCCUCUUUGCCCCGAUCGUCGGCCACUGCAUUGACACUGUCGGGUUUCGCCGCGUCUUUGGUGGAUGUCUGCUCCUCACGCAGCUCUUUCUCUUGACGUUGCUUGUCCCGGUGCUUGAAGUCCAGCUCCUCGGCUUUCUCUUCAUGUCGAUUGCGCAGUCGAGUCUCUACAGCCUCCAAUUCGCCUACAUCAUGAUUUGCUAUCCCACACGGCUCUACGGAACGCUCCAGGCGUUCAUUACGGCCGCCAGCUUUCUUCUUUGCUCGCUCAACUACGGCAUCAACACGAUCGCGCAGACGUACCUCGGCGGCGACUACACGUGCAUUUUGCUCUUCCUCGGCGCGCCCACCGUCCUCCUGUAUGCGUGCCAGCACUUCGUUCGCGAAAAUAUCGAAGACGAAGAGUGCCAUUUGGUCUACGAAGAUGACGCCAUGUCCCCCCUCCCCCGCUACGCCUGA